CGGCUUCUUUCUUCCUUCGGUUUCCCCUUUCUUCCUUGCACAGAUCCCGGCCAUCCCUUUCCCGCUAUCUGGAAGCUUGGGUUGCCGACAGCCGUGCAAAAGACCAUCCCCACGAGCCACCAUGACCCACGCUGGCAAGUGAGCAUCGGAACCAGAGAGAGGAAAGCCAGAUCUACCAACCAGCGAUGGCGGUGGUGUGCACGCGGAGCUUCGACGAGUUGGCAAAAUCCCGAUCUCCCUGCAACUGGAAUAGAUUUGCAGAGGAAAUCUAUGCACGAGUGGGUGACGACCGGAUGAAUUGGGCGUGGAUUUAAGGCCCAAAUGCAUUUUGCAGAGUUUGUAAAAAAGGUAAAGACCAGAGAGGCCCAAAUGCAUUGCAAAAUUCUGGUGAUUGGAGGAGCCCAAAACCGUGGACACAGAAAAGCCCGGAGAGUGAUUUCUGGAAGGUUCCUGGUUGGGAUUUUUAGGGUUUUUAGGGUUGGUUUUGGUUUGAGUAUAAAUAGAGGACUUUAGGUUAGAAAAUGGGGUUCUUUUGUUUUUGGAGGCUGGGUGUUGAGAACGGCGGCAGAAAAGGAGAGGAAUUUUGCGGAGCCGGUGAUUUGGGUGAAGAUUUAGGGUCUGCUUUUGUAGGUAAUUUCUUUGAACAGAGGAGUUUUCUGGGAACGGUGGUGAAGGGGACGAUGGGAGCCUGGUCUCGUGGGUGGGAUCCCUCCCAUCAGAUCUGGAUCCAUUUUUCCCAGAAAAUUCCGCCGUGAAUGUGUUGCCCUUUGGGUUGAUUUCUCUAUUUUUUUUUUAUGUUUAAGGUUAUAUGUAUUCCUGAAGAAAUGAAUGAAAAAUCAUAUCUUUG